AUGGACGGACAACUGGGUGAAGGCCUGAGUGGAUCUCCCCUGUUAUCUCCACAGACCACUCCGCGGGCUCCGAUAGCUAAACUCAAACAUGAUUGCUCAAGAAUGUUCCAGUAUUAUCUUGAUAAGUCCACCCCUCUGCCCACUCAGAGGUGGCUAGGGACUCUGGCUCUCGUCUUCGUAUAUUUCCUGCGGGUUCAUAUUCUUCAAGGCUUCUAUGCUGUGACUUAUGGGAUUGGAAUCCAUGUUAUUAAUUGUUUGAUUGGGUUUCUUUCCCCUCAAAUUGAUCCUGAAAUGGAAUCAAUGGACGGGGCUGACUUGCCAACAAAGGAAACGGAUGAGUUUAGGCCCUUUAUUCGUCGGCUUCCUGAGUUUAAGUUCUGGUAUUCAAUCACCAAGGCUUUCUGUAUAGGCUUUUUGCUGACCUUCUUUCCUAUUUUCGAUGUCCCUGUAUUCUGGCCGAUACUGCUAUGCUAUUGGAUUAUUCAAUUUCUACUCAUGAUGAAGCGCCAUAUUAUGCACAUGAUUAAAUACAAAUACAUCCCUCUCGACUUAGGAAAGCAGAAAUACGUUAAGAGCAGUUCUCCUGUUGGUUCACCAAGGAGACUUGUUGAAUUAUGUAAGAAAUACACUGGAAAUUCUCCUGGUGGUUCACCAAGGUCCUCAAGUGGAAAGCAAAACUGA